AUGAUAGCAAGAGGAAAACCCUACUGUGCCCGCCCUUGAAGGGCAGCCCAGCCCCCGGCCGGUACAAGUAAAGACGGACAGGGCAAGGAGUGUGGGAGGGAGGGGAGCAAAGCAGCAUCCGAAUCCAAGCCAAAGCGGCGGCAGCGACAUCUCACUGCAGAUCCCCCACCGACUCCUCUCUCCCUCUCCUCCUCCUCCUCCUCCUCCUCCUCCUCCAUUAAUGGCCGCCACCAAGAACCCUCCGACUCCCACCUGACUUACAACUACGCUCUCCGCGCCUCUGUCCGUCCUGUUCUUUGCUUGGGAAGGAAGGGCGGUGGAAGCAGUGCGGCAUCGAUGCUGAGCUCGGCGUCCUCGGGGGCGGCGCUGGGGAUGGGAGGGUACCCGCACCACCACCAGCAGCGGGGGCCGGCGGCGUUCACGGCGGCGCAGUGGGCGGAGCUGGAGCAGCAGGCGCUAAUAUACAAGUACCUCAUGGCCGGCGUGCCCGUCCCGCCUGAUCUCCUCCUGCCCAUCCGGCCCCACUCCGCCGCCACCUUCUCCUUCGCCAGCCCCGCCGCAUCGCCCUUCUAUCCCCACCACCACCACCACCCGUCCCUGAGUUACUACGCGUACUAUGGGAAGAAGCUUGACCCGGAGCCGUGGCGGUGCCGCCGCACCGACGGCAAGAAGUGGCGGUGCUCCAAGGAGGCGCACCCCGACUCCAAGUACUGCGAGCGCCACAUGCACCGUGGCCGCAACCGUUCAAGAAAGCCUGUGGAAUCCAAGACCGCUUCGCCUGCUCAUCAGUCGCAGCCCCAGUUGUCCACAGUGACAACUACAGCUCGCGAGACCGCGCCUCUUCAGUCCCUCACCGUGGGCGCUAAAACACAUGGCCUGUCUCUUGGUGGGGCUGGCUCGUCUCAGCUUCAUGCCGAUGCGUCGUCGUAUGGCAGCAAGUACUCUCUUGGUGCUAAAGCUGAUGUCAGCGAACUGAGCUUCUUUUCCGGAGCAUCAGGAAACACCAAGGGCUUCACCAUUGACUCUCCAACAGAUAGCUCAUGGCACUCGCUGCCGUCCAAUGUGCCCCCAUAUACAUUGUCAAAGACCAGAGAUUCUGGCCUCCUGCCUGGUGCCUACUCGUAUUCCCACCUCGAGCCGUCGCCGGAACUUGGCCAGGUCACCAUUGCCGCUCUGUCCCAAGAGCAGGAGCGCCACUCCUUCAGUGGCGGAGGAGCAGGGGGGUUGCUGGGAAAUGCGAAGCAGGAGAACCAGCCGCUGAGGCCUUUCUUCGACGAGUGGCCUGCGACACGGGAUUCGUGGUCGGAGAUGGACGAUGCGAGGUCCAAUAGGACCUCUUUCUCGACGACUCAGCUCUCGAUCUCCAUCCCAAUGCCCAGAUGUGAUUGAGAAGCUCGCUGCCUCUAAUGUGGCCGUGUAGGGCGUGGCACCGCUGUUAUCGAGUAAUUCAGAGAUUGAUAAGCCAUGGCUUGCCCUAGUUGUUUCUUUGAGUGUAUCGCACUAAAAACUCUCUGUAAGAGCUGGAUCCACAUCUGUAUCUGUGGAGGCAUAGAACUCCAUCCCGUUUUAUGAUUCUACCAUGCUUUGUAUUGUACCAAGACCUGUGGGAAAGUUGACUGUCAGUCUUUGUUGCAUGUAGUAGAUGAUGCAUCUUGCAAGUA